AUGGGUCAAUCACUAACUACCCCUUUAAGUCUAACUCUGGAACAUUGGAAGGAGGUUGUGGAAUGGGCUCAUAACUUAUCAUUAGAGGUCCAAAAGAAAAAGUGGCAGAGUCUCUGUUCCUCUGUAUGGCCCUCUUUUGAAAAAGGAUGGCCAAGGGAUGGGACUUUUGACCUUGCUACUAUCUUGCAGGUUAAAGAAUAUAUUUUCCACCCAGGACCACACGGACACCUGGACCAGGUGGCUUACAUAGUCAUCUGGGAAGACUUAGCCUGGAACCCCACAUCUUGGUAUUGGCCUUCUUCAGCCUCUGACUUGUAUAAUUGGAAGACCCAUAACCUCUCUUUUUCUCAGGAUCCUCAGGCUCUAACUGCUUUGAUUGAGUCUAUUCUUCUUACCCACCAACCCACCUGGGAGGAUUGUCAACAACUCCUCCAGGCACUCCUAACUACAGAGGAGAGACAGCGAGUCAUCCUGGAGGCCCGGAAAAACGUCCCCAGGCAGGAUGGGAGACCCACUCUGCUCCCAAAUGAAAUAGACGCAGGAUUUCCUCUGACCAGACCCAACUGGGACCCUGAAACCGUAGCCGGUAGGGAGUGUCUCCGUCUUUAUUGCCAGACUCUGUUAUCAGGUCUCAAAGGGGCUGGAAGGCGCCCAACCAAUUUGGCAAAGGUACGUAUAACCCAGGGGGAAAAUGAAACCCCUGCUGGGUUCCUAGAACGUCUGAUAGAGGGAUAUCGAAUGUACACCCCUUUUGACCCCACAGCCCAGGAGCGUCAGGCAGAUAUAAUUAUGGCCUUUAUAGGACAAUCAGCUCCUGACAUCCGUAGUAAGCUCCAACGGCUGGAGGGCCUUCAGGGGUACUCUUUACAGGAUUUAAUAAGAGAAGCUGAGAAAAUCUAUAACAAGUGAGAAACUUUAGAGGAAAGAGAGGACAGAAUCAGAAAAGAGCAGGAAGCUAGAGAGGAUAAGAGAGAGAGAAAGAGAAAUAAAGAGUUAAGUCGAAUUUUGGCCACAGUAGUUCAGGGAACAGGAACAAGACCAGGACUAGGUAGGGACCUGGGAGACAGAAGAAGGCCCUGAGUGGAUAAAGACCAGUGUGCUUAUUGCAAGGAAAAAGGACAUUGGGCUCGAGAAUGUCCAAAGAAAUUAAACAGACUUCAAAAGAAGACGACCCCAGUCCUGACUCUAGGGAACUAGGGGAGUCAGGGGCAGGAGCUCCCCCCUGAGCCCAGGGUAACUUUGAAGAUAGGGGGGCAAUUGACUACCUUCAUGGUAGACACAGGAGCUCAAUAUUCAGUUCUGACAGCAACCGAGGGACCCAUGAGUUCCAAAACAGCCUGGGUCCAAGGGGCCACCAGAGGAAAAAUAUAUAGAUGGACCACCAAAAGAAAAGUGGACCUCAAUACAGGACGGGUCUCUCACUCAUUCUUACUGGUCCCCGACUGCCCAUAUCCCCUUCUUGGGAGAGAUUUACUCUCUAAGCUGGGAGCUCACAUCCACUUUACUAAAAAGGGAGCUACUGUAGAAGGAAAAGAUGGAGCUCCACUACAGGUAUUAACCCUGCAGCUGGAAGAUGAACAUCGGUUAUAUGAGGGACUGAUAACAGAAGCUCCUGGUAUAACUGAUUGGCUAAGUAAAAUCCCCUCGGCAUGGGCCGAGACAGGAGGCCCAGGACUGGCAUGCAACCAGCCUCCAAUAGUGGUCACACUAAAACCAUCUGCAACCCCGAUUUCAAUUAAACAAUACCCUAUGAGCAAAGAGGCCCGAGAGGGUAUCAGGCCCCACAUUCAAAGACUUUUACAAAUGGGCAUACUUCGCCCCUGUCAAUCCCCUUGGAACACCCCACUGCUCCCUGUAAAGAAGCCAGGAACAAAUGACUAUCGACCAGUCCAAGACUUAAGAGAAGUUAAUCGAAGGAUAGAGGAUAUACACCCCACUGUUCCAAAUCCUUACAAUCUCUUGAGUACCUUGCCUCCCAGUCACAGGUGGUAUACUGUACUUGACCUGAAGGAUGCAUUCUUCUGCCUAAGGCUGAGUGCAGUUAGCCAGCCCAUCUUCGCUUUUGAAUGGAAAGAUCCUAAAGCUGGAAUAUCAGGACAACUAACCUGGACACGACUACCCCAAGGAUUCAAGAAGUCUCCUACUUUGUUUGAUGAGGCUCUACACCGUGAUUUGGCUGACUUUUGGGUAAGAAACCCACAGAUUAUGCUCCUCCAGUAUGUGGAUGACCUCCUCUUGGUGGCCGAGACAGAAGCUGACUGUCUGCAAGGUACAGAGACUCUCCUAUUGAGACUGGGGGAAAUUGGAUAUCGGGCCUUGGAGAAGAGCCAGAUCUGCCUACAGCAGGUGAACUAUUUGGGCUAUCGGUUGGAGGGAGGGCAACGUUGGCUAACAGAAAGCAGGAAACAGGUGGUAGCCUCUAUCCCCCCACCAACCUCAGCCAGAGGACUCAGAGAAUUCUUGGGAAGUGCAGGAUUCUGUAGAUUAUGGAUACCAGGUUUUGCUGAAAUAGCGGCUCCUCUAUAUCCUUUAACCUUUACUGGGACCCCUUUCGUCUGGACAGAAGAACACCAGAAAGCUUUUGACAAAAUAAAAAGAGCACUGCUGACAGCUCCAACGUUAGGAUUGCCAGAUCUGGCAAAACCUUUCAUCCUAUAUAUAGAUGAAAAUAAUGGGAUGACAAAAGGAGUCCUUACUCAGACUCUGGGACCCUGGAAAAGGCCAGUGGCUUAUCUCUCAAAGAAACUGGACAAUGUGGCUGCUGGCUGGCCCCCAUGCUUGAGAAUCAUGGCAGCAAUAGCAUCCUUGGUAAAAGACUCAGACAAACUCACUAUGGGUCAGCCCCUGACUGUUAUAACACCACAUGCAGUGGAGUCCAUCAUUAGACAACCUCCUGACAGAUGGUUGUCAAAUGCCAGGGUGACCCAUUACCAGACACUACUACUAAAUCCAGAAAAGAUCAAGUUUGGUAGUCCCACCACCUUAAACCCUGCCACGCUGCUACCAGCCCCUGAAAAAGGCACUGAGAUUCCCCAUGACUGCCAGCAAAUACUUGCGGAGGCACAUGGGACUAGAGAAGACCUCACCGACCAGCCCCUAAUAGAUGCAGAUGCCACCUGGUAUACGGAUGGGAGCAGCUUUCUGCAAGACGGUGAGCAUAAAGCGGGGGCAGCGGUGGUUGAUGGAAAAAAAAAAAUAAUCUGGGCCCAAGCCCUGCUGGCCAGAACAUCAGCCCAACGGGCUGAAUUAGAAGCCCUAACCCAGGCUCUAAGAUUAGCAAAGGGUAAAAAGAUUAAUAUUUACACUGACAGCCGCUAUGCGUUUGCCACAGCUCACGUACAUGGAGAAAUUUAUAGAAGGCGGGGGCUCCUUACCUCGGCAGGCAAGGACAUUAAAAACAAAGAGACGAUAGUGGCCCUUCUGCAAGCCUUGUACUUGCCUAAAAAGGUCAGCAUUAUCCAUUGCCCUGGACAUCAGAGAGACCAGGGGCUGAUUGCUCAAGGCAAUCGAAUUGCAGAUGAAACUGCCCAUCAGGCAGCAGAAGGUACCUGCCUUCUCUACACACACGCAGACCUUAAGGCUGAAAUGGAAGCACAGGAGAAGGAAGCAGAAGUUCUUUUUACCUACACUGAACAGGACCUAGAGCUUGUACGAAAGCUCAAUGCUACCUUGGACCCAGAAUCUAAAAUGUGGAAACACCAGGGUAGGGUAGUGCUUCCCAAAAAGGCAGCCCUUGAGCUAAUCUCCCAGCUCCACCAGUGGACACACUUAGGACACAAAAAACUAAAAACACUAUUGGAGAGAGAAGAACAAUUCUAUUAUUUCCCGGACCUCAACCAGCUAGUCCAGAAGGUAGUGGGAGAUUGUGUCUCAUGUUCCCUGGUGAAUGCUUCCAGAUCAAAGGUCCCAUCUGGCAAGAGGGAAAGAGGAAUGUGACCAGGGACUAACUGGGAGGUAGAUUUUACUGAGAUACUCCCAGGAAAAUAUGGUUAUAAAUAUCUCCUAGUGUUUAUAGACACUUUCUCAGGAUGGGUUGAAGCUUUCCCCACCCGGAAGGAAACAGCUCAGACUGUGGUGAAGAAACUGAUUGAAGAAAUCUUCCCUCGAUUCGGACUGCCUAAGGUAAUUGGCUCUGACAAUGGCCCAGCCUUCGUCUCCCAGGUAAGUCAGGGAAUGGCCAAAGCACUAAAGAUUAAUUAAAAAUUACAUUGUGCUUACAGACCCCAAAAUUCAGGACAGGUAGAAAGGAUGAAUAGAACCAUUAAAGGGACCUUAACUAAAUUAGCUCUAGAGACUGGCACUAAAGACUGGGUGCAGCUCCUAUCUCUAGCCUUAUUUCGGGCUGGAAAUACUCCUGCUAUACAUGGCCUAACCCCCUAUGAAAUCCUCUUUGGAGGACCGCCUCCUGUCCUCAAUGUAACUUUGUCCCCCUUGCCCUCUUCUUUUGAUAACCCCAGCCUGAAAACAAGACUUCAAGCCCUCCAGAUCAUCCAGAACCAGGUUUGGAGGACUUUGGCUGCUGUCUACCAGCCUGGGAGUCCACAAAUGCUCCACUCCUACCAAAUUGGAGAUCAGGUGUACAUGAGAAGACACAACGUAAAGACUCUUGAACCACGGUGGAAAGGACUCUACAUGGUUCUUCUGACUACACCCACGGCCCUCAAGGUAGACGGGAUUUCGGCUUGGAUCCACGCUUCCCAUGCCAAAAGAGCCCCGACUCAAGAGGACUGGAAAACAUCCAACCCCCUAAAAAUAAGACUCUCCAGAGAUAUUUAA